AUGGAAGAAUCGGGGAAUUUUAGCGAGUGGACAUUUACAAGCGGCAAUUCAGAAUUAAACACUGGAGAGAAGAUCACUUGUAUAGUACUGUAUGCUAUACUGAUGGUCCUGAUUGUCGUGGGAAAUUUCCUACUCCUAUGUGUUACAAUUAAGGCCAAGGAAUUGAAGAGAAGCAGCCGCAUCUUUCUCGUCUCGCUGACCGUGGCUGACCUCUUAGUUGGUCUUGUUGUCAUCCCAGUGCGGGUCGUACCGCAGAUCAUUGGCAUCUCCAUCGGCAGCACCUGGUACGCGUCUGACUGGUUGUGCGAGGCGUCAUACUUCUUUGAAAUCUUCGCCUUUGGUGCCUCAGUUGGGGCGGUGCUGGCCCUUACUAUUGAGAGGUAUCUGGCCGUGGAGAUGCCGCUGAGGUUCCGCUCCAUGCUGACUUCUCGUCGAGCGUUCGUCGUGGUUGCUUGCUCCUGGCUCGUCAGCAUUUGCACGGCGUCCAUCUUCAUCAUCCUCUCGGUGGUCUACGAGGAUCGAUUCGUAGUCUUUGACGGGUAUUCGUCGGUGUGUGUCAUCAACAGGCUGAAUUGGGUGACCCGUUCCAUGUUUCUGAGCUUCAUUGUUGUGUACUUCCUCAUACCGUUUUGUGUCACUGUUUUCGGUUCGAUUCGGAUUCUGUACAUCGUGAAGAAUCACACCGCGUUUAAGAAGAUUUCACCUAACCGAUCUGACUGCGCGUGCAGACAGACCUCAGCGGCCAAUAAAGUCAAAAAGGUACCUCAACGCAUUUGUAAUGGAGUUUGCCGUGGACUCUGCAAGUGUUUCCUUGGCAAUAAGAAAGCCUUGGUCACCGUUCUCAUUGUCACGCUCUCUUAUUCAGCUUCAAGUGUACCCUUUGUCGUUUGUUUGGUGUACAUGAAGUUUUCUCCCUAUAUUGUUGACCAAUUCUUCAUUGAACUAGCCAAGUUGUCAUUGUUCACCAGCUGUUUCAUCAACGUCAUCGUAUACACAAUACGAAACAGAGUGUUCAGGGAGUCGGCCAAACGCAUUUUUAAGGUACUUGUCCCCGUGAGGUGCAACGCUGUUACACGACAACCAGUCAGAUCGCAAUCCGACAAGCUGAACGUCACUUCCUCCACUCAAGAUACGUACUUGUAA